UUUUUUUCCUAAAACCCUGAGCUCGUAAUAACUUUUCUAUCACUCACUCUCAUUUUCUCCAUUCAUUCUCUUCUCAAAACAAAGAAACAAAUGGCGUCUGUCGCCGUACGAAAUCCGAUCUCUAAGCGCGCGGUCACGCUCUACUCGCUAUGCUGCCGCGGAAUGGCGCCGUUCCGGGACUCGGAGCCGCAGAUUUCUCCGCCUCCAUCUCUCAAUCUUCUGCGGCGAUCCAUGGCCACCUUCACUCGCUCAAAACCUCACAUGAAUAUCGGGACGAUUGGGCACGUCGAUCAUGGAAAGACGACGUUAACUGCAGCGAUCACAAAGGUGUUAGCGGAAGAAGGGAAGGCCAAAGCCGUCGCCUUCGACGAAAUUGAUAAAGCGCCGGAGGAGAGAAAGAGAGGGAUCACCAUUGCUACGGCACACGUGGAAUAUGAAACCGGAAAGAGACAUUAUGCGCAUGUAGAUUGCCCCGGUCAUGCUGAUUAUGUUAAAAACAUGAUUACUGGAGCUGCUCAAAUGGAUGGAGGGAUUCUUGUUGUGUCUGCUCCAGAUGGCCCAAUGCCACAAACUAAGGAGCACAUACUUCUUGCUCGCCAGGUUGGAGUGCCGUCGCUCGUGUGCUUUCUUAACAAGAUUGAUGCCAUUGACGACCCUGAACUGCUGGAGCUUGUAGAGAUGGAGCUGCGCGAGCUGCUGAGCUUCUACAAGUUUCCAGGGGACGACAUCCCUAUUGUACGAGGGUCGGCCUUGGCUGCACUGCAGGGAACUAAUGAAGAAAUCGGGAAAAAGGCAAUCUUGAAGCUGAUGGAGACUGUAGAUGCAUAUAUUCCAGACCCCAUGCGCCAACUUGACAAGCCUUUUUUGAUGCCGAUUGAAGAUGUUUUCACCAUUCAGGGGCGCGGGACUGUUGCAACUGGUCGUGUUGAGCAGGGUAUUAUCAAAGCAGGUGAAGAAGUCGAGAUUCUGGGAAUGUCACAGAAUAAACUCAAAACUACGGUGACUGGUGUGGAGAUGUUCAAGAAGACUCUAGAAUCCGGCCAGGCUGGUGAUAAUGUGGGACUGCUAUUGCGCGGCUUGAAACGUGAUGAGGUCCAACGAGGAAUGGUGAUUGCAAAACCAGGCACUGUGAAAACAUACACAAAGUUUGAAGCAGAGAUAUAUGUGCUCACAAAAGAAGAAGGCGGGCGCCACACCUGUUUUUCCACAAACUAUAGCCCUCAGUUCUACAUGAGGACAGCAGAUGUUACAGGUACAAUAAUGUUGCCAGAGAACAUCAAGAUGGUAAUGCCCGGAGACAAUGUCACUGCCUCUUUUGAGCUUAUAUUUCCGGUGCCUCUUGACGUAGGGCAAAGAUUCGCCAUAAGAGAGGGCGGACGAACUGUUGGUGCUGGAGUGGUCGCCAAGGUUGUCAGUUGAGACAGAUUUCGCUGGGAAUGAGAUCUUUUCAUCCCUGGGGCCUCUCUGUUUAUUAAAAUUUUCCCCUAGCUUGUGAUAGAAGUGAAGGGUUUUAGUCAUCUGUUUCGAGCUCCACCACCUCCCUUGCCAAUGUUUGCAACAAAACUAUCAGAUGCUUUCAUAUGUUUUCCAAGUGUUUUCAUCUGUAUCAUUCAGCAAUAAUAAGAUGCGUUCUGUGGCAGCCUUUCCUGAUAA